UGUACAAUCGCUCGAGCGUAUGAAUGAAUAAUGCACAGCUAUAUUUACAGCUUUAGAGUGGUUGCAUCGAUAUAGCUUAUGUAAGUUAUCCGUAUAACAAGUUCAUAAUAAUUUACAAAGCACUCUGUCAUAUGGCUAGUUGGAGGGAAUAAAAAUUGAUGGGAAAUCAACGACUCUUUAUCCACGCUGUUCGUUUAACGGAUCAGUAUGACACCGCGAUCGAAAUCUUGCACUAGCAUGGAUAGGCGCACCUUUGAACAACGAUAUCUCCGUAUUAACAAGCUCGUUGGAGUAUUGUCCGGACUAUGGCCUGGUCAAAGUAAAAUCUCGAAAACUCUCACGUCGAUUGUCACGUACACUAUUGGGAUCGGAAGUUUCGUUGUACAGGUAGCCCAUGUGAUCAGAGACUAUAGUUUCGAUAGGUUGAUAGCACAGAUUCCGUAUCUGUGUCUGGCUCUCAUUGUUGUUGGAAAGCAUGUAAACUACACUCUGUACGGAACUAAGGUGAAAGAACUGUUGAAUAUUAUUGUGAAGGAUUGGGAAGUUCAAAGGUCGAAAGAGGAGUUGGCAAUUUUAGAAUGUUAUUCGAACAGAGCAGCAUUACUAUCAAUGAUAUACACAGUGUGUAUAUUUUCGUCGUCAUUUAUGUUUUCCAUUCAACCGGCUGUACCACACGUACUGGACGUGUUGAUCCCACUAAACGAAUCGAGAGGACGUAUAUUAGUAUAUCCAGCAUACUUCUUCAUGGAUGAAGAUAAAUAUUAUUACUUUAUAAUUAUAAACGAGAUGAUGGGUUCGCUGGAAAUUUUUUUAGUUUUUAGUACCUGCGAUAUGUUCCUGGUGUGGUUUAUACAGCAUGCUUCUUGCAAGCUAGCUCUAAAUUGGCAAGCAAGUUAUUCGAUUUUAAGUACAACUUCCAAAAAACAAUGUCUGAGGUGUGUACCUGCGAUAAAGAAAACAAACAUCUAGGAGCAAAUAAAACUUAUAGCAAAGUGUGCCUAAUCAUCACAGACCAUCAAAGAAUAGUCGAAUAUAUAGAGACAGUAGCAGCUUGCCACGUUAUAAUGUUCAUCGCGAUCGUAGCAAUUGUCACAUUAACUUUCACGGUCACGUUAUUCAAGGCAAGUUCAGAUUCAGUUGAAGGAAUUCAAUUUACUUUGUCACGUUCCAUCGGAAUAACUGUGAUUUAACUAUUGAUUUAAUUCCCCAAGAACAGAUAUCACAGUUCGAAAUGACUCUUCAAUACGUGACGUUCUGUGUGUUCCUGUUUGCUCAAGUUAUUCAUCUACUCUUCAUCUGCUGUAUGGGACAGUACCUAAACGACGCGAUUGCGGAAAGCUAUAACAAAAUAUAUGAAUCGAAGUGGUAUAACGGUUCGACGAGAACUCAAUUAUUGUACCAGUUAGUAUUGCGAAAGUACCUGUCAUUUCCAAAGAUAACAGCUGGUGGAAUAAUUCCGUUGGACUUAAAUACUUUUGUACAGAUAAUAAAAGCAUCUUUCUCUUAUUACACCGUGUUGAAAAGUACCGACUAAUGGAACAAAUGCAAUCAUGGAAGAUUGUCGGAAUUUGAAUAUUACUUAUUGGGAAAUAUGCAUACUUUUAUUUUUAUUAUAAAACUGAUGUAAUAAGAUUUCAUAGUUCACAAUUAAAUGUACACGUGACAAAAGUGAAAUUAAGAAAACAUGUUAUAGGCCGAUUGUGGUAUAAUGUAACUGAUGCCUAAAAUUCAAAUGUUUCUAUCAUAUUCAAACAAUCGAAAUUUUUCCACCGUUUGAGUUAAACGAUCAGAGAGAUAUUUUUUAGAAAGUGAGCGUGUUCA